UCUCCAGGUGGCGCGCUUAACACUGAAACAGUUGACAAGCACUUUCCGAAGAAGACAAGAGAGCUGCGUUUUUGUUUUUUUGUUUUAUCAGAGGAGACCAUGCAACCCAUUUUAGGUUCAAUUUAUUGAUUUGACGCAGAUCUUUAGAAGUAGUUUCUACUGUUUAAUAUUUAGAGCACUUGUGGAAAUGGCCGCAAACCCGCCCGGACAAGGAUUUCAAAACAAAAACAGGGUUGCUAUUCUAGCUGAGCUGGAUAAGGAGAAGAGACGCCUGAUUCAGAGUCAGUCGAUGAAUAAUCCAGGAGCCAGCAUUCCACUCUCUAGACCAGCAGUAAAUAAAGAGUUCAGGGAUCAGGCUGAACAGCAGCACAUUGCAGCACAGCAGAAAGCAGCUUUACAGCACGCACAUGCACAUUCAUCCGGCUUCUUCAUCACUCAGGAUUCAUCCUUUGGUAACCUUAUACUGCCUGUUUUACCAAGACUUGACCCGGAGUAAAUAUGCAUCAGCUAGGACUGUGUUACUGUUUUGAUCAAUUUGCUACUCUAACAUGGACAUGCUAGAUGAUUUUCAUUUUUCAUGAAUUUAUUUUUUUUAGAUUGUUGUAUGCUAGUCAGUUUUUUUCAUGAUUUUACAUAAAAUGGAGAAAAGAUAAA